AUGGACCCAAAUCAUGGUCUGGACCCAAAUGUGGAGAUUGUACCGAAGGGUAUCCUUGGCUGGGGAAGUAAAUCAUCAUCUUCUGCAUCAAAUGCAUGGGGUUCUUCUGUGUCUCCAAAUGCCAAUGUUGGGCCUAGUUCACCCAGUCAUCUCAGUACCCGCCCUUCAUCUGGUGGAAGUGGCACACGGCCUUCAACUUCUGGUAGUGAUAGGGCUUCUGAACUAACUACUGGUGCAUGGGGGUCAAGCUCCCGGCCUUCAUCAGCAUCAGGGCCACCAACAUCAAAUCAGACUUCUCAGGCAUCAUUGCAUCCUCGCAGUGCUGAAACAAGACCUGGUAGUUCACAAUUAUCUCAAGUUGCUGAACAUGGGGCUAAAAAUCCAGUGGCUUGGAAUGCUGCUAGAACUACAGAGACACUGGUAGGCUUCUGUUCUUAUUUGUGGUUAGUCACUUCAUACGGCGUUUUUACUGUAAUUUAUAUGGUAUCAAAAGAUUAA